ACGAGGAGCCAGAAACCUGGGGAAUAAAACACGAGGAGCCAGAAACUGGGAGAAUGACCAGAAACACAGAGAAUAAAACACGAGGAGCCAGGAGAAUAAAACCAGAGGAACAAGGAGUGGAGGAGGUAAAACAGAAAUGGAAAAGCCUGCGAGAUACAUAUACAAGAAAAAAGCGCGAAGAUGAUUGCCGAAGUGGACAGGCUGCUAAAAACAAGAAGCCGUGGAAAUUUAUGAAGGUCAUGGAGUUCCUCGCAACAUCAACUGAAUUUCGAAGUGUUCACAGCAAUAUUUCUCCUGAAAAAAUGGAUGAAGGGGUUGACCAGGUGGUGGUUCAAAAAGAAGUGAGCGACAGAGAAGAAGCAUCAGCAAGCACGUCUCCAGGAUCAUACUUCUCCAGCCCAACUGUGACAAGGCCUACUGUAAACAAAAGAAAACGGCCAGAGACACUAGACCUCUUGGACCGGUACCUCUUAUCCAAAGAAGCCAGGAAAAGUGAGAAAGAGGAACGCAGAAGAGAGAAAGAGGAGCUCAGAGAGCAACGAAGAGAGCAACAAAAUGAUGAAAAUUACUUGUUUGCUCUUGGCUUGAUACCAGUACUAAGGAGAUUGUCCCCAGCCGUACAGUCUUCGGUCAAAUUAAAAAUACAUCAGCUGUUGCAUGAUGCUGAGUUUGGCCAAGCCUCUUCUGCUUUUUUUCCACAGCAGUUGCCGGUGUCCUACCAUCAGGUCCCCCCUCAGACCCCAACAAACUAUGGCUGCUCUACAACUUCUUGGCUACCCUAAUAGAUGUUUAUUAUAUACAUUUUAAUUCUGUAUUUUUUUUCUGUUUUUUUUUUUUUUUUUUACAUUCAAGCGCCACCUUGUGUACCGGGGUAUUUCUGUUUUACAUUAAGCACCAUCUAAUGUCAGGGAAUGAAUUUGCAUGUUCACUCGGCUCAUCCUCAGCGAAAAUCGCUUGGGUGUGAACACAAAAAACGCGUUGCCGAUAUUCGUCCCGGUGUGUAUGACCCUUAAGUGUAUUGUAGCAGCAAAUUUAAACCAGAGAAAGCUUUGAUGUGCUAAAGCAGUGCUUGAUGCAUAAGGGAUCAUCUGACAAUUUCACCGAUUGCUUGACUUCUAACAUUUAAAAUAAAACAUUACCAAACUAAGCCGUGUAUAACUCAAAGUGAUUUACUACAGGUGGAUUUUGCCAAUACCUUUUCUUCAUAUAUGCAGUACAGUACACAAUUAUGUUAAAAUAUAUAUUUUUAAUAUAUUAAUUUUUAAGCCUUUUGUUUUACUGGGACACAGGAAGUGUCCUCAUAAACCAUGUUUAUGUUGUAGUACCCAUAAUAUUAUACACAUUUGUGUCCUCAUAAAACAUAUAUACCACUGUACACAAAUAAAUGAAUCAAUGUAAAUAUAAAUAAUGUGCUGUAGAAUCAAAAGCCACUAGGAGUGUACUACAACCUUUAAAACAUGAAAAAAGAGAAUUAGGUGAUUUUUGGUGAAUUAGUUUUUAAUGAAAUUAUUUGUGUGCUAUACAAGCAGUAAAGGUGAUAUUGUGAAAAUGUAACCUUUAGUAAAUCAAUCUGGUCUCUACGAAUGUAAAGAGAAUUAGGUGAUUUUUGAUUAAUUAGUUUUUAAUGAAAUUAUUUGUGUGCUAUACAAGCAGUAAAGGUGAUAUUGUGAAAAUGUAACCUAUAGUAAAUCAAUCUGGUCUCUACGAAUGUACAGCAACCAAAAAAAAAAAAAAAACAUUGUGAAUUUCAGUAUUUUUUUCUAAGAAUAAUUAUGCACUGUUUGUAGAGUAUUGGAGUUAUUGACAAAGUUUCACCUGUAGUGACUUAGUCUUGAAACUACAAGCGUACCACAACCUUUGG